GCUUCUAUAAAUGCUGAAGAAACUGAGCGCAGUCGGUCCAGAGGAGCCGUGUGUGUGAGUGGGGUGGUGCUGAUGCCUCCACGAGGGAUGCCGGCAGGAUGACAGACACUGGGAGGACCUCUGCACACCCCAGGCCACCCUGCAGUGCCCAUUCCCUCUGCUGGGCACCGGGCCAGGACAGAAAUGCCUUUCGAGAUAACAGAGGCGCCAAGCCCCAUCAGCUGCUCUGUCCAUCUUUAGCCUGCUCUCCGGUUACCAGCCACCUCCCACGGCUGCCUCCAAAGAUAGGCAAAGCCACCUCCUGGAGCCUGGGCUGGAAACCGUGGGGAAGCAGAGGAGGGAUCACAGGCAGGGAUGAGCCUGGUGGGAUUUCUGUGGAAGGAGUGAAGGACGCCGUGAGUUCUCCCGGACGAUGGCUUUGCUGUGCUACAACAAGGGCUGCGGGCAGAGACUCCUGCCUGUAUCACCCAGGUGUCCCCAUCUUCCACGAUGCCCUGAAGGGCUGGUCUUGCUGCAAGAAACGCACAACAGACUUCUCAGAGUUCCUCUCCAUAAAGGGAUGCACAAAGGGGUUUCACAGCAAGGAGAAGCCCCCUGAGCCUUCCAGCCAGGGGGAGACCUCAGAUGAGCCGAAGGCCAAGCCAGCAGAGGAGCUCAUCUUUCAAGGACCAAAAUCAGCUGAGAAGAUGCUGCGGGAAAGACCAAGCUCUGAUGAGCCAAGACAACUGCUGCCCAUUAAAGUAUCCAGGUCUCUGGAGCAAGCACUGGAGAAACUGAACCUGUCCUCCAAGGACAAGACCCUGGAGAGCAGUGGCACAGGGGAGGUGGCUGCCCAGGUGACAGCUGGCACCAGGUGCAAGAAUGCAGCCUGCAAGGCGAUCUACCAGGGCCCGGAGAGUAACGCAGAGGUUUGUACGUUCCAUCCUGGCGUUCCUGUCUUCCAUGAGGGGAUGAAGUACUGGAGCUGCUGUGGAAUCAAAACAACGGACUUCAGUGCCUUCAUGGACCAGCCAGGCUGCAGCAGAGGGUGCCACUGCUGGACAGAGAAGGGGGACAAGAAGGGGGUGCUGUGCCGGCAGGACUGGCACCAAACCAGCAGCCAGGUGGUGGUCACGGUCUAUGCCAAGAACCCCCUGCCCGCCCUCAGCAGCGUCAAAGCCAAUCGCACUGUGAUUGAGGCUCAUGUCAUCUUUGAAGGGAAUAAGAUUUUCCGGGCAGAACUGGAGCUCUGGGGGACCAUCGAAAUACAGAAGAGCUUUGUGAGCAUGGUCCCAACCAAGGUGGAGAUCACGCUUUGCAAAGCCAGCCCUGGCUCCUGGGCCAGGCUGGAGCUCCCCCAAAGCAGGUUGCAGCCCUGUGGUGAGCAGGAGAAGGAGGCUGCCAACGCAGAAGAGCCUGGGGCAGCGCAGGAGGAGGACUCUGAUGACAGCUUGAGCUGGUCGGAGGAGGAAUAUGAAGAGCUGGAGAUGGGAACACCGAGCAGCUGACAGUCCAGUGCUUCAGCAGCUGAGCAGUGCUGGUUCCUGAGCUGCUGGUGACCUUGACACUGCCUCCAGAGGAGCAGACCUAACCCUGGACCGUGUGCAGGCUGCAGUGUGCCCUCUCCCCUGGUCAGAAGGAACAAGUAAUAAACACCCAGAGCAAAGGUUGUACUCUG